UCCACCGGAGAACACGCGAGUUCUUCCUCCGCUCUGCAGAUCGUUGCAUGAAACUGAGCGCGCGGCCGCAAUGAGUCGGAGAACACGACGCUGGAUGCUAAGAGCUCUACUUUGUCUGGGGAUUGUUUAUUUGAAAAUCGGUGGCUUCUCGUCGGUGGUGGCCCUAGGUGCGAGCAUAAUCUGUAACAAGAUCCCCGGUUUGGCCCCCAGACAGCGGAUUAUCUGCCAGAGUCGCCCCGAUGCCAUUAUCGUCAUCGGAGAGGGAGCCCAAAUGGGCAUCAACGAGUGUCAGUUUCAGUUCAAAAACGGCCGCUGGAACUGCUCUGCGCUCGGGGAGAGGACGGUCUUCGGCAAAGAGUUGAAAGUGGGUAGCAAGGAGGCUGCGUUCACCUACGCCAUCAUCGCAGCAGGGGUGGCCCACGCCAUCACGGCGGCCUGCACGCAGGGCAACCUGAGCGACUGCAGCUGCGAUAAGGAAAAGCAGGGCUUCUAUAGCAAAGACCAGGGCUGGAAGUGGGGCGGCUGCUCGGCCGACAUCAGCUACGGCCUCGGCUUCUCCAAAGUCUUCAUCGACGCCCGGGAGGUCAAACAGAAUGCCAGGACGCUCAUGAACAUCCACAAUAACGAGGUGGGACGCAAGGUCCUGGAGAAGAGCAUGCGACUGGAAUGCAAGUGUCACGGCGUCUCGGGCUCCUGCACCACCAAAACCUGCUGGACUACACUCCCCAAGUUCCGCCAGCUGGGCUACAUCCUCAAGGAGAAAUACGCCCACGCCGUGCACGUGGAGCCCAUCAAAGCCAGCCGCAACAAGCGCCCUAAAUUCCUCAAGAUCAAGAAGCCGUACUCCUACCGCAAGCCCAUGGACACGGACCUGGUGUACACGGACAGGUCGCCCAACUACUGCGAGGCCGACGCGGUGACGGGCAGCCUGGGCACGCAGGGCCGCUUGUGCAACAAGACGAUGAUGCAGCACAUCAGCGGCUGCGACCUGAUGUGCUGCGGCCGCGGGUACAACACGCACCAGUACUCCCGCGUCUGGCAGUGCAACUGCAAGUUCCUGUGGUGCUGCUACGUCAAGUGCAACACCUGCAGCGAGAGGACAGAGGUGUACACGUGCAAAUGAGAGUAUUUAUUGGACGGUGUGUGUGUGUGUGUGUGUGUGUGGGAGUUAUUGUCUUGUGUGUGUGUGUGUUUGCGGACAAACUGGAACUGUUGAACUCUUUUUACAUGACGGCUGCGCUCGCUACACACGAGGAGGAAGUACUGUGCCA